AUGACAUCAUCAACACAUGUGUCCUCCUCUACAGCAAAUGUUGACACUGCAUUAUCAUUAAAAGAUAAUCUCGAAAUCAGUUGGCUCGAUGGUCACAUUUGUGAAAAUGGUCAACAUAAUCAAUUAAAAUCCUAUUGUCAGAAUAUUUCGAAACUUAUUUCAAAAUGGCAUUUUUUCGAAUCUACUGACCAACUUCAACGUUAUCUUGCAAGAAAUCCAAAUAUUAAACUGAUUACGAUUAUGUCUGGUAGAUAUGCCCGCCAAAUACUUGCACUCGUAUCACCUAUGGAAAAUUUACAUAGUGCUUAUGUUUUGACAAUCGAUAUUGAAAAAAAUAAGAAGAAACUUGGUGUUGAACCUAAACUGAAAGAAAUAUUCAAUGAUGAAUAUGUUUUGUUGGGUCGUCUACAAAAGGAUUUAUCUGAAUUAUUUUGGGAAGAAGGAAAAAAGUUGGCUGCAGCUAAACGCGAUCAAGAAGCUCGUGUGUACUUUGAAGAAGCACAUCGUUUAGAUGAAAAUUUGAAAUAA